AUGAUGGAGUACGCGCAAUACCAGCAUAAUCCGCAGAACUCGCAACCACACAUUUCGACAGCUUAUCCCAGCUCCACGGGUGCUAAUAGCAUCACGUCGCCGCAGGCACAGCACAUCCAGCAGUCGCCUGUCCUUCCAUCCCAGCAACAGACGACGCCCACUCAGAGUCACGCCAUGUAUCAGCCACAGUAUGGCAUGCCCCAACAUGCGGGCAUGCAAUAUGGUGUUCCCGGCAUCCAGGCCGCCGCCAUGGCCGCAACGGCCGCUGCGUCUGGAUCAGCCUAUCCUUACCCCAUGUCAUCCGACGCAAACCUGCAGACAUCACCUAGGAUGGGCAGCAUGAAGACCAAGACCGAACCAGGCCGCGACCCGCGUUCGCCCCAGCAGAUGAACAGUAUGCCCCAGAGGAGAAUGAGCCAAGUCACGAGUCCUGGCGUGCCUAACCCGCAGGCCAUCAUGAAUCAUGCCGCAGGCCGCCCCUCUGUCGCCCCUCCGAUGCCACCUGGCCAGGCAAUGCAACACCCUCAGUCGCCUGAGAUGCCGCAAGGGCAAGAGGAAUCUCCCUUAUAUGUGAACGCGAAGCAGUUCCAUAGGAUUCUGAAGCGCAGGGUAGCAAGACAAAGGUUGGAGGAGGCGCUGCGGCUGACCAGCAAAGGGCGUAAGCCGUACUUGCACGAAUCUCGACACAAUCAUGCCAUGCGCCGGCCGCGAGGCCCAGGUGGACGUUUCCUGACGGCAGAUGAGGUCGCGGAAAUUGAGAGGAAGAAGGGCGAUGUUGGGGGCGAAAACAACGAAAAUGACGAGGACGCCGCAUCGAGAUUGGGGUCAAAGAGAAAAUCUGUGGGCGGUGGGGAUACUCCCAACAAGAGGAGCAAGACGGAUACGGAGAGUCCCGAUGAGAACGAUGAGGAGGAUGAUGAGGAGUGA